UGCAGUUCAGAGCAGCAAGCUGUGUGCUAAGAAGUCACUGCUGCUAGAUGGAGGCAAACAGUAUCGUUGGGGGAUAACUCAUUUAUAGGAGUAAUUUUAAGUGUUGAUAGAUGGAUGUUGAAGUCCAAACAUCAUUGUUUGAUUCUCCAAACUGAAAACAGGGAACAUGUUGCCAUUUGAGAACAAUAAGAGAGUCAAUCCUACUGGAAGUAGUAAUGCAGAAUUGCCUCUGGCUGAACCCGGAAUGUAUCAGUUGGACAUUACAUUAAAAAGAGGUCAUAAUCUAGCAGCUCGUGAUCGAAGAGGGACAAGUGAUCCAUAUGUCAAGUUUAAAAUUGGUGGAAAAGAAGUGUUUAGAAGCAAAACUAUCCAUAAGAAUCUUAACCCUGUAUGGGAAGAAAAGACUUCAAUCAUGAUUGAACAUUUAAGGGAACAACUGUACAUAAAGGUCUUUGAUUAUGAUUUUGGGCUUCAAGAUGACUUCAUGGGAUCAGCGUUUUUGGAUCUCGGCUCACUUGAGCAAAAUAGGUCAACUGAAGUUACGUUGAGUCUCAAGGAUCCACAUUACGCUGACCAAGAUCUUGGAACUAUAUUAUUGUCUGUAUUGCUGACACCAAAAGAACAGCAACGGGAAGGGCAGAGUUCAGUGCAAAGAUUUCAUCACUGGAGAACUCGCAGAUUAACAACAAUGUUAAUGAGGAAGAGUUGGAAAAGAUCAAGUAAGUUUCAGACCCAAAGUAUACGUCUGUCAGACCUGCACAGAAAAGCUCAGCUGUGGAGAGGGAUAGUCAGUGUCACUUUGAUUGAAGGUCGUGAACUCAAAGCCAUGGAUCCAAACGGGCUCAGUGAUCCCUAUGUGAAAUUCCGACUGGGACACCAGAAGUACAAGAGUAAGAUUAUGCCAAAAACUUUGAAUCCUCAGUGGAGAGAACAAUUUGACUUGCAUCUUUAUGAGGAACGAGGUGGAAUUAUUGAUAUUACAGUGUGGGACAAAGAUGCUGGAAAAAAGGAUGAUUUUAUUGGCAGGUGCCAGGUUGACCUGUCGACCCUGAGCAAAGAGCAAACUCAUAAGCUGGAGUUGCCUCUGGAGGAAGGGGAAGGCUUUCUGGUAUUGCUGGUCACCUUGACUGCCUCAGCUGCAGUCAGCAUCGCUGACCUCCCAAUCAAUGCCCUGGAGGACCUAAAGGAACAGGAAGAAAUACUAAAGAGAUAUAGUCUAGUGCGGAUGUUUCAUAACAUGAAGGAUGUGGGAUUUCUCCAGGUGAAGGUUAUCAAAGCAGAAGGUUUGAUGGCAGCUGACGUUACAGGUAAAAGUGAUCCAUUUUGUGUAGUUGAGUUGAACAAUGAUAGACUGCUGACCCAUACAGUGUACAAGAAUCUUAAUCCUGAAUGGAACAAGAUCUUCACAUUCAAUAUUAAGGAUAUCCACUCAGUUCUUGAAGUGACAGUUUAUGACGAAGACCGAGAUCGGAGUGCUGACUUCCUGGGCAAAGUGGCUAUACCAUUGUUGUCUAUUCAAAAUGGUGAACAGAAAGCCUACGUCUUGAAAAACAAGCAGCUGACAGGGCCAACAAAGGGGGUCAUCUAUCUUGAAAUAGAUGUGAUUUUUAAUGCUGUGAAAGCCAGCUUCCGAACGUUAAUGCCCAGAGAACAGAAGUAUAUUGAAGAAGAAAACAGAAUUUCUAAACAGCUUCUUCUAAGGAACUUCAUGCGGAUGAAGCGUUGUGUCAUGGUUCUUGUAAAUGCCGCCUACUAUAUAAACAGUUGCUUUGACUGGGAUUCACCACCAAGGAGUCUUGCUGCUUUUGUGCUCUUCCUCUUUGUGACCUGGAAUUUUGAGCUGUACAUGAUUCCUCUGACACUGUUGCUACUGUUGGUGUGGAACUACUUCCUGAUCAUUUCAGGAAAAGAUAAUAGACAACGUGAUACGGUAGUGGAGGACAUGCUAGAGGACGAGGAAGAAGAGGAUGACAGAGAUGACAAGGACAGUGAAAAGAAAGGAUUUAUGAAUAAGCUCUAUGCCAUCCAGGAAGUAUGUGUCAGUGUCCAGAACAUCCUUGAUGAAGUGGCUUCCUUUGGAGAAAGAAUAAAGAAUACAUUCAAUUGGACUGUUCCGUUCUUGAGCUGGCUGGCAAUCGUUGCCCUCUGUGUGUUCACAGUCAUCCUGUAUUUCACUCCACUGAGAUACAUUGUCCUUGUCUGGGGGAUCAAUAAAUUUACAAAGAAGCUCCGAAGUCCAUAUGCAAUCGAUAACAAUGAAGUACUUGAUUUCCUUUCCAGAGUUCCUUCAGAUGUGCAACUGGUGCAGUACCAAGAACUGAAACAUGAUCCUACCCACAGUCCAAGUAAGAGGAAGAAAAACAACCCUGGCUAGCCAAAUCCAUGUGCUGAGGAGACCAUCAUCUGUUCAAGGGGAAAAUAAAACUUAAAAGCUCUAGACCUAAGGAGCAUUUCCUCUCU